GGGGGGAUACUCGCCUUCUCCAAGCUGCUGCCGGCAUGGGAACGGGCCUUCUGCUGCUGCUUGUAUUUGUUGCAGGCCUUCAAGUCAGUUCUGGCACCACAGAUCUCACGGAUGCUGCUGUUCUCCGAUCUCUAAUGGGUGAAUGGCAGAACACACCACCAAAUUGGGGGCAGUCGGAUGAUCCCUGUGGUACACCAUGGAUAGGAGUCAACUGCAGCAAUUCCAGAGUGACUGUCCUGAAACUGUCAACUAUGGGCCUCAAAGGUACUUUAAGUGGGGACAUAGGGCAACUCAGCGAACUGCAGAUCCUGGACCUGUCCUACAAUAAAGAGCUCGGCGGUCAACUUCCUGCAAAUAUUGGAAACCUGAAGAAGAUCAACACCCUAAUCUUGAUCGGCUGCAACUUCGGUGGUGAAAUUCCAGAGGAAUUAGGAAAUAUAGGAAACCUCUCAUUCCUAGCUCUCAAUUCAAACAAGUUCACUGGGAGGAUACCUGCUUCCCUGGGUACCCUUUCACAUCUCUACUUGCUAGAUGUGGCGGACAAUCAGUUGAGUGGGCCUAUCCCCAUUUCAAAUAAUGGGACUCCUGGACUGGACCAGCUUUUGCACACAAAGCAUUUUCAUUUGAACAAGAAUCAGCUAUCAGGUCCCAUCCCUGAAGAGCUCUUCAGCUCAAAUAUGACGCCGAUACAUGUACUUUUUGAUGGAAAUCAACUUACUGGAGAAAUUCCAUCUUCCAUAGGGCUAUUAAAAUCUCUUCAGGUUUUGAGACUUGACAGAAAUUUUCUGAAUGGCUCAGUUCCGUCAAAUAUUAACAACCUGACAAGCAUCACUGAUCUUAACUUAGCAAACAACCAGUUAAGUGGAGCUAUGCCAAAUCUAACUGGGAUGAACGACCUCAACUAUGUGGAUUUAAGCAACAACACAUUUGAUCCUUCAGAAAGUCCAGCUUGGUUCUCGCAAAUAGAGUCUCUCACUGCUCUAGUGAUACAAUUUGGAGGGCUUUAUGGGCAAGUGCCACAAAAGCUGUUCAGCUUUCCUCAACUACAGCAAGUAAUACUUGAUGACAACAAAUUCAAUGGAAACCUUGACAUGGGCCACAACUUUAGCCAGCAAUUACAGCUCGUGAGUUUCAAAAAUAACAACCUGGAAUCCGUCACCCUGACUUCCAGAUAUAACAAUACUUUAAUACUUGCUGGAAACCCUGUGUGCAAUAAUAAGCUCGCAAAUAUAGAUUGCAGCCCUCAGGGAAAGCCAUCGGCACCUUACUCCACCAGUCUCGCCAAUUGUGGCCCUAACCUAUGUUCCCCAGAUCAGAGUCUCAGUCCUUCAAAAUGCAACUGCGCCUAUCCAUAUGAGGGAGUGAUGUUCUUCAGAGGACCUAACUUCCGAGAUGUGACAAACAGGACAUUGUUCCAAAAGCUGGAGAUGUCCAUGUGGACAAAACUUGGCCUAGAACCUGGCUCAGUGUUUCUUGAGAACCCCUUUUUCGAUGCUGAUUCUUAUCUGCGGUUGCAAGUAAAACUCUUCCCAUCUAAUGGAAUGUACUUCAGCCGGCCUGAGAUUCUGAGAAUUGGGUUUGAUCUGAGCAAUCAAACUUACAAACCUCCAAAAAUUUUUGGACCAUACUAUUUCAUUGCAUCACGGUGCCCUUUCCCAGAUGUUGAAGGAAGAUCCUCGAGAAGCAUUGGUUUGAUCACUGGAAUAGCAGUUGGUUGUGCUCUUCUACUCCUUGGACUUGUAGUAUCAGCACUGUAUGCCUUGAGACAGAAGAAACGGGCACAAAGAGCAAUGGAACUGAGUCGACCUUUCG